AUGCUGCCAGGCAGCACAGCACAGGCAAAGACACAGGCGGAUUACUACAUACAUGAGCUCCCUGGCGCGCCGCAGCCACUGCUGAAGAUGCAUGCUGGGCACAUCGAAGUCGAUGCAGCGCACAAUGGCAACCUCUUCUUCUGGCACUACCAGAACCGCCACAUCGCCAACAAGCAGCGCACCGUACUAUGGCUCAAUGGCGGGCCCGGCUGCUCCUCGAUGGACGGCGCCAUGAUGGAGGUUGGCCCCUACAGAGUGACAGAAGAUGGAAACCUGAAAUACAAUAACGGGUCUUGGGACGAGUUCGCCAACCUGCUCUUUGUGGACCAGCCUGUGGGCACUGGCUUCAGCUACGUGAACACAGACAGCUACUUGAGCGAGCUGGAUCAAAUGGCAGAGCACAUGAUCAUCUUCCUGGAGAAGUGGUUCGCGCUGUUCCCGGAGUACGAGCACGACGAUUUCUACAUUGCAGGCGAAUCUUACGCAGGGCAACACAUCCCGCACAUCGCGCGCGCAAUCCUCAAACGAAACAGGAGCCAGGGCAACCGACCAUGGCCGCUCAAGGGCUUGCUCAUCGGUAACGGUUGGAUCUCGCCUGUCGACCAGUAUCUCGCAUACCUCCCUUUCGCAUACCAGAGCGGUCUGAUAGAGGCAGGGUCCGAGUCAGCGAGGCGGGUUGAGCAGCAGCAGUCUGUAUGUGUCAAGGCCCUCGAUGAUCAAGGCAAAGACCGUGUCGACACACCAGUCUGCGAGGCUAUCAUGACUACUAUUCUGGAGGAGACAAAGGACAAGACAGCCGACCGCAUGGAACAAUGCGUCAACAUGUACGACAUCCGUCUGCGAGACGACUCUUCCUGUGGUAUGAACUGGCCCCCGGAUCUCAAGCAGGUCACACCCUACCUCCGCCGCCAAGACGUCAUCAACGCUCUCCACAUCAACCCAGACAAGAAGACCGGAUGGCAAGAAUGCAACGGAGCGGUUACUGGCCACUUCCGCGCCAAAAACAGCGAGCCUUCGAUUAGGUUCCUUCCUGAGUUGCUGACUGAGGUGCCCAUUGUCCUCUUCUCUGGCGACAAGGAUAUGAUCUGCAACCACGUCGGUACGGAAGCCAUGAUUGACAAGAUGACCUGGAACGGCGGCAAGGGCUUCGAACUCUCCCCCGGUGUUGUCGCCUCGAAGCAAGAUUGGGCAUUCGAGGGCGAGCCAGCUGGCACCUACCAAGAAGCACGCAACCUGACUUACGUUGUCUUCUAUAACGCUAGCCACAUGGUGCCAUUCGACUACCCGAGGCGAACCCGCGACAUGCUUGAUCGAUUCUUGGGCGUCGAUAUUGGCGAGAUUGGUGGAGACCCCGCCGACAGCGUCAUCGACGGCGAGAAGGGCCCCUUGACCAGCGUGGGUGGUCAUCCCAACUCUACCAAGGCUGAGGAAGAUAAGGCACAGCAACUGAAGGAAGCUGAGUGGAAGGCUUACUACCGCUCUGGUGAAGUUGCGCUUGUUGUCGUCAUCGUUGUUGCUAUUCUGUGGGGCACCUUCCUCUGGCGCAGUCGACGCCGUAGCAAUGGCUACCAGGGAGCGGACGGAGACGAAGGUCGGGAGUCUCUCCUCACUGGCAUGGGCCUUGACAACUUCAGACGCAAGGAGCGAAGAGCAGACCUGGAGGCUGCAGACUUCGACGAGCGAGAGCUGGACGUUCUGCAGGACGUGCCGAAGAAGGCAUCUAAUGGGUACUCAGAUAAGACACGGGGACCGCAGAAUGAUUCCACGUUCAGCUUGGGUAUGGACAGUGACGAUGAGGCGGGCGGCAGCGAGCAAGGCGACCAAUACAGCGGCGGCAACGUCAAGAACCCAUUCGAGGAACGCGUCGUUCCUAACUUCACCGCACAAGAAAUCGCAACAUUACAGAGCCGGCUAAACAAACAACUCGGACCUGAGUACAUAUCGCAAAGACCCGGUCAGGGUGGCGGUCGAGUCGCAUAUUUGGAGGGGAACAAGGCCAUAGCUCUUGCAAACGAGGUGUUCGGGUUUAACGGCUGGUCAAGUUCCCUGGGCCAGGUCCAGAUAGAUUAUGUCGACGAGCACCAGAAUGGCAAAGUCAGCCUUGGCCUAUCGAUUGUAGUGAGGAUCACGCUGAGAGACGGCACCUACCACGAGGACAUCGGCUACGGAUCCAUAGAGAACGGCAAGGGCAAAGCGGCAUCAUUCGAGAAAGCGAAGAAAGAAGCAGCAACAGACGGCCUGAAGCGUUCACUACGCACAUUCGGCAAUGUUCUUGGAAAUUGUCUAUACGACAAGGAGUAUUUAAAGAAGGUCCAGGCCAUGAAGGUCAAGCCGAUCAAAUUCGAAGAAGGCAAUCUCUAUCGACAUCCGGACUUUGCACCACCGCCUCAGGGAGAGCAAGCACUCGUCAAGCCAGAGCCACACAAGACGCCUAGUAGGCCCAAUCAGAUUUUGAGGACACGAACAGACCAUCUUAAAAACUCGACUACUGCGGAGUCUGCAGACUUCGAUGAUGAAUUUGACGGAAAUCUAUUCGAUGGCGUCGAAGUCUCUGAGGAUCACGGCGAAACCAUGUUCGACUCAGCAUCUUCAGACACUGUAGUUGCACGAGCAAUCAAAGCACCGAGACCGGGCAACGGCACCAACGGCACAAAUUCUGGUCGUAACACACCUGGCCUCAACAACGGCGCCCCUCAAUCUCACCCACAAAAACAGUCGGCGCCAGUAGGACGUGGACAAGGUCCGCCGCCUCAGCAAUAUCACCCAAACCAGGGACCUGGGCGGCCGCAAGCUAAUGGACUAAAUCAGCGUGGUCCUCAAACACCUCAGCAACCUCGUCCUGAUCAGGCCCGACGUAUGGCGCCACCAACUACUGACAUUCAUAAGGCACCUGGUCCACAGCAACCAAAUGGUCAACAGCCUCAGCAGCAAACGCUUCGACCGACAUCUUUACAAGCCCAACAAGCUAAUCAGCCACGACCUGGGCCACAAGCUCCAGGCAAUGCGGCUCCACCGAACAACGCUCCUAACCCUAAUGUUCGGCCACCUGUAGGUUUCGUAACUUCUCGUGCCGCUGAACAAAUCCAAAACGCCGAAUCCGCCGCCCCCCUAAACUCCCUCGCCUUCAACCCGCACGUCGAAUCCCCUGUCCCCAAAGAAAAGCGCACACCCGGACUCGACCACACUCGCAGCGUCCCCGUCAAACGCAAAGACGAGAGCAACGCACCGGUUCCUCAACCGCAAGGCUUAGGCCGCCCAGCAAACAGCGGUGCAGCUAGCUUGAACCGCCCCAGCAACUUCGUCAACCUACACCAGGACGCCAACAGACGGAUUGGUAUGCCCGGAGGUCCUAAUUAUGCCAUGAGUCCUAGUGCGAAUCGUGGCGCGUAUAAGCCCCCGACAUUUGCGAAUCCGGCGGCGCCGAAUGCGCUGAAGAGGGAGAGGGUUGCGCUGCAGGAUGUGAGUAAUGCGGGUGUUAACGGUGUGGCUGCGGAGGGAGGCGAUGCGAAGAGGCAGAGAGUCGAAGUCCCGGAGGCGGAAAAUGCUGGCGUUACUACUUCCUAG